UCGCCGCCAUGCCGCUUUGCUGGGUGGGCUUAGCUGCCGUUCUCGUGCUGAGUCAAGGCUGUUCUGGCGGUGCUGGCGGCAACGCGACCGGCCCGGUGUACCUGGCCCGCGGCGGCCGGCCGUGGCUGCCCUCCGUGGCGCUCACCCUGGAGGGCCAGCAGCAGCAGGGUGGAGACUCCGGGGGCUCGUACAGGCGGCCGCGGCGCGGCGUCUUCAACCUGUACUCCAUGGUGCAGUGCGCCACGGGCUGCGACCCGCUGCGCUACAAGGGCUACGGCUGCUACUGCGGGUUCCUCGGCUCCGGCUACCCCGUAGACCCCAUCGACAAGUGCUGCAAGAUGCACGACUGGUGCUACAACGUGGCCGACUGCCCCGUCUUCCUUGAGUACUUCGUGCCCUACUACUGGCAGUGCUUCUACACCACGCCCAUCUGCGCCCUGGAGCACGGCUAUUGGGGAAGGUGCGCCCAACGCCUGUGUGACUGCGACCGCCGGCUUGCGGAGUGCCUCAGGAACUUCCCGUGUCCACGGGGGAAGGCCGUCUGCACGUCCUCCACCUUCCGCUACCUGCAGAACGUCAUCUUGGGAUAGUGGCACACCUGGAGCACAGCCACUGGAGCAGGUGCUCCAGCUGACAACGUGACUGCUGUCGCAGCCUGGCAGCGUGCUCUUGGAAACUUCCUGUGCCCACAGGAGAAUUACCAUCUUCUUGUCUGGCACUAUCGGCAGACAUCAUUGUUCCAUGGUGUCAGCCUUCAACCACAGCUACUGGGGCGGGCUGCCAAACGACUGUGUGAAGCUAACGUCGCCUGGUGGAGUGUCUGAGGAAUGUCCUCUGACGAUGGGUCAAGGCCUGGUGCAUGUAUUUCAUAUUCCAGUACCUGUAGAACUUCAUCUACGUGUAAUGACGUCCCAGAAGCGCAGCCACUGAAGCAAGUGUUCGAGACGACAGUGUGACUGUGAUCACUGCCUGGUGGACUGCUUCGGAGACUACCCAUACACAAUUACCAUCAGCACGGGACUGAUGACCUAGCAGUUUGGUCCCUUCCCCCCUCUUUAAAUCAAAAAACCAUUGGCACGUUUUAUAUUGUAUACAACCUGCAGACAUCAUCCUUCGAUAUUGCCAUCCUUCAAGUGAGGCUACAGGCAAAGCUUCGGAUGAGACUGUGUUACUGUGACCACCACUUGGUGGAGUGCACCAGGGACCUUCCGUGCCCAUGGUGCAGGGCUGUCUGCACAUCCUCCACCAAACGACUUUGUGAUUGUGGUCGCCACCAGGAAGGAGUGCCUCAAGAAAGCCCAAAGGAGACUUGCCAUUUGCAUGUCUUGCACCUUCUACUACCUGCAGUAUGAUAGGUGCCAGCCUUGCAGUGCAGCUACUGAGUAGACAUGUUGAAUAAUUGUGUGAUUGUGACUGCCAUAUAGUGGAGUGUGCGAGAAACUGUUCAUGCACACAGGACAAGGCAAUCUGUAUGUCUUCCUCCUGCUGCUAUCUCCAACAUAUCAUCCUGCUAUAGGCAUAGUGUGCAAGUAUGAAGUGUGUGUGUGUGUGUGUCUCGCUGUUCUCAAUACCUUAUUGCAUUAGCACAAGAAGUGAAUAGCCAUGCGCCAUAUCAAACAACAUCUUUGUGUGCAAGAAACAAAAGCAUGUUAUAUUCUCCACCAAAUAAACCUGGUGUAUGUUCUAUGCUAAAGAUAUAUGUGUCAUGACAUAGAACAUUACUGCACAGUCGAAUACUAUGUAUCACAAACUAACACAUUGAAUGUGCUUGAGACAAAAUAUUUCUGGAAUAGUGCAUGUGCUGAGGACAUCUGUAUGUGUGGAACAUAAGUCAUAUCUCAAAAUGUCAUCCAGGUGUAAAUCAUGUGAAGAAUAUUUACAUCACCUCACACAUUAUCAUUCUGACAUGUCUAUGAUGAAAAUAUACAGUUUGUGGUGUGGUGAAACAUUAGUAUGUGUGUUGAAGUAUACAACAUCUUCGUACCACGAUGAAUCUGUUAGAAACAAACAACUUCACAAUGUGAAAGUUUAUCAUGGUAUAGAGCUCUGAGCUUCAAUUUGUAUGUUAAGUAGAGGAUAUCACCUGAGGAAGGGAAGAUGAUGUCAAUAUAUAUGUCAUGCAGAAAAUAGUGUUGCAUUCAAGGUAUGUUACUCUCAAGACUUUCUCACGCUUAAAUAGCCAAUUUGAAGCUGAUUUUACCUAGCAUUUCUUGGUAACUCUUUGGUGGAAAUACUUACGAUUGAUAUUUCCAAUUAUUCUUAUUGUGGACUAAAUAUGUUCAAUAAAUCGACAGUGUAAACUGAUACUCUACUUACCAAAGAUUUGAUGUAGUAUACAGUGUGUUCCUUUAUAGUACAAAAAUGUUGAAUGUUGUAAACAGUAUGAGUAAUAUCUUGUGACAGGGACUUUUUACUCUGCUUUUGCAAUUUGUGCUGAAUGUUAGAGGAUUUAUAAAUAAGGAAAUACUUCUUGUGUGUUCAACCAUACCAUGAACCAAAAAUCUAUUUUUCUUGUUAUCUGCGCAGACACUGACAAAGGAACUGGUGUUUCCAAUGUCAGUAAGAGGUAAUUUUGCAUUUACUGACCAUUUUCCUGUGCAUUCCAUCAGCAGCAAUAGAAAUGUCACCUUCGACAUCAUCUUUUAUUACUUCUGUUACUGAAAUAAAAAUUAUUUUUUUAAAUGUUUCAUAUACUGUAUCAAACAUUUUGCAUUCUUUUCAUUACUUUUUAUACAGAUUUUCAAAUAUUCCAAUCCAUAUAUCAUUUAAAAUUUGAAAUAAAUAUAAAUGAUGAACAGAAGUAUGAAGAAAGGGCAAAAAUAAAUGCUAUAUCUCAGGCAAAUUUCUCUGUAAAAUAUACUAAUCUUUAACUAUUACUCUCAAUAACUGUUAUGACAAACAUAAUACUUUUCAACUACUCAUAAGUCUGAAUUGACAAAUGAGCUGUUGAAAGCAGAUGUGUUGCAAAUGUCUUUUCCAAACUUUAAUGAAGCUUCAGUUAAAAAAAUACUGUCCCUUUACUCAAUAAAAAGUCUGUGAAUUUCAUUCAAUUCUUGUCUUGCAAAAUUUUGCUUCUCCAUUCAUUAAACUUGUCACCAAGCGAUUUAUUCCAUGACAGUUCUUGGAGACAUUUAAUUGUUGAUAUAUCUUAAGGUGAUAGUUACUGGGGCUUCCUCUCUCUGAUUUUAAUUGAUAUCCAUGGUGGGAUGUAUGGAACACAAUAAUUGAGUAUCAUCCUAGUUACCUGCUGGUUGGUAUUCAUAAUUAGAGGUACACAACUAGUAGUUAACACUAUUUUGUGAAAAGUGGAAAAAUCGCAUCAUACACUCCCUCAGUGGCAUGCUGCAACCAUCUGUCAGUGAAAAUUGUUCAUAAGUUAUUAUGCACAAAGGAUUUUCAUUAUGAUAAAGUUGAUAUUUCCAGAAGUUUGUGUUUUUGUGUUGUUCCAAAAGGCAUAUUUAACAUACGUGCACUGCAGUUUACUAAUGUAUUUUGAUUUUUUUACAGAUGAAUUUAUCUAUUGUAAAGUUCACCAAUUUCAUAGCCUAUGACAGUUAUAAUGCUCAUCAUGUUUGAUGAUUCUUGACACAUGCUGGAUGAUGACUUGCCAUAAUUAGCCAAUGUGAAUCAAUUAUAUUAAAAAGAUAGUGAUAUUGUUAUUGAAACUGAUUGUUGGAUAAAAUAAAUUCUUAUUGUAGCUACCAGCUACAUUUGAAAUUUGUUUGCUCAUUUCAUAGACUAUGCAGAACAUCUGAAACACAGAAAAAGAAGCAGACUAAAAAACAUUAUUCAUAAAAUUCUAAA